AUGAACUUUCUCGAUCAGCCUUAUUACAAGUUAGUGAGAAACUUUGCACGUUCUAUAGGUCGAUGGCCGGAUCAGUCUCGACUACAAUCAUUUCUUAUAGGAAUCGGUAUUAUUUCUACAUUUAUUUUGCACGACGCAGCAAUGAUUACAGCUGAUAUAGUGCAUUCUGAUGAUCAAAAGUUGAUAUUUGAAUCAAUAUCAUCUUUUAUAACCUAUGCUGGUACAUUUGCUAUGUAUAUAAAUACUUUCAUAAACGGAAGAAAGCUUAAAAUUCUUUAUGAAAGGAUUAAUGACGAUUGGAAAUUAGUGACGAACAGCAAUGAAAUAAUUAUUUUGAAAAAGUAUGCAAAAUUGGGAUAUUAUAUUUCAGCUGGAUCCGCAGGGGCUUUGUACAUAGCAAUUGUUACGUUUGUGUUAGAGCCAGUUUCGCCGAUGAUUAUAAAUUUUAUUUUUAAAACAAAUAUAUCCGCUCCUCAUAAAUUUUCUGUUCCGCUGGAAUGGAUUGUAAUAGAUAAAGAAAGAUAUUAUUGGAUGUUAUUAAUUAUUUCCACUGUGUUUAUUGCGAUAAUUUUGUCUGUACUUGUUUCUAGUGACGUUAUAAUUAUUACCUUAGUAUAUCAUGCCUGUGGUUUAUUCGCAAUUGCUGGAUAUCGAAUUAAAAAUUUGCCAAAUGAUGUAAACGUCAAAAAUGGGCUAAAGAAGUCAAAUCUAUUUAAAAACUCAAACGAUGUUCAGUACACACAGCUGAUUUCGAGUAUAGAAAUGCAUCGACGAGCUCUAGAAUAUUUUAAUUUGAUUGAAAGUACUUUUACUAUGGCCAUUGGAAUAGUAGUCCUCUUAAACGUGCCUCUGAUGAGUAUUACUAGCGUCCAGCUUAUAACACAAAAAAAUACAGUGCAAGAACAAAUUAAAUUGAUCUUAUUUACCAUGGGUCAGAUAAUACAUCUUUUUUUCGAAUGUUUCUUAUCGCAACAGCUGACAGAUAUAAGCUUACAAAUCCAACAGCACAUAGCUAAUGUGAAGUGGUACAAAAUUUCAAUAAAAUCACAAAAAUUGUUGAUUUUAAUGACACUGAAGUGUCAAACGCCGUGUAUUCUAACAGCAGGAAAAGUUAUAGGAUUAUCUAUUGAAAGCUUUGGAAUGAUGAUGAAAACAUCUGGAUCAUACUUUACUGUUCUUCUAUCUAUGUAAUAAAUUUAUAUUAAUGUAUUUGGAACUACGACCAUUGAGCUAGGAAUUUAUUGAUGAUAAAUACUCUCUAAAAAUGAAUUAGUGAAAUUUCUACUGAUCUAAGCGAUGUCUUCUUUUAUCACUGUUAAACUAGUAGUUUUCAAAAUGAAUCAGUAAUUUUAAUUCACACUCAUUACACUAUGUUUCACACGUAAACUUUACUAAUUUAUCACACUGAGAGGAAAAAAGUGUAUAUUUCCAAGUAAAAUUUCUUGAUUUAAGUAUUAUUUUACUUAAAUAGUGCCAAGUAAAUAUUUUCUUAAUUUUAGUAAAAAUGCAUUGUCUGCAGAAAUUUAUGAGUAGAUUCAAACAAUUGUUAUAAAGAUAAGAAAUAUUAUACUUCGAUGUAGUAAAUUUUUUCUUGUUUUCAGUAUUAUGAGUUAAGUAAACAUCGUUACUUGAAUUUAAUUUUUUUUUCUCUCAGUGCAGUAGCUCAAUUUCUCACUGAUGAAUAAGUAUUCUUAAUUAUCAACCAGUUAAAAUUUACCUGAUUCAUGUAGUGACUUAUUAACUUUGAACUAUUGAAUAAGCGAAAAUUAUCAUAAUUUAUAUCUCAAUAAAGAUGAACCAACUGUCACC